UUAAUGAGUUCUUUCGAGGAAAAUGAUGAUCUUUGGUUCCAGAUCUAUUCCAAUUAUCCCGACCAAGAAAAAACUACCCAAUUACAAGAUCAGAGCAAAAUUGAUGUUCCCGAAAAUUUCGGGGAAAGGCAGCCGGUACCGAAUGCUAAUGAUCAUACUUGCUUUAACAAGAAGGUGAUUCACAGAGAGAUGGAAAAGCAAAGAAGGAAAAAAAUGGCCGCCCUUUUCUCCUCGCUCCGAUCUCUUCUCCCUCCUGAACUUGUCAAGGGCAAGCGUUCAGCGGGCGAUCACAUAAACGAGGCAACGAAGUACGUCAAACACCUAGAGAAGAAAAUCAAAGAUUCGGGUGCCAAAAGAGACCAGCUACAAAUUUUGUCUAGUUCAAGUACAACUACUACUUCCUGCAGCCAUGGGAAUGGAAGCUCAAGUAGUUGUUCAGCCAAUUACGUUACAGUGUGCUGCAGGUCUAUGGGACAAGUGGAGGUGAUUUUGAGUACUGGUGGUGGCUUUGAUCCGGCGGGGAAAUUACAGCUAUCAAGUGUUCUGAAACUGUUGCUUGACGAAGGACUUAGUGUUGUUAGCUGUGUUUCUGCAAAAGUAAAUGAAAGGUUACUACACACAAUCCAAUCUCAGGUGAAUAACCCAACUUGUUUCAAUCUAUCAGCCCUGCAACAACAAUUGAGCAAUUUAUUCGAUUCCGCGCCCAAAACCAAUUUAGUACUGUAAGAAUUUUAUAAGCUUGAUGAUGUUUAGCUUUGAACA